AUGAGUUUUUCUCCAGACCUGAAACAGCGAUGCAUUAAAGCAAUGGAUAAUCUCAUGUCUCAUCCUAUCGCUUCUAUCUUCGCAAAGCCUGUAAAUCCAGAAGAAGACGGGUGUGAGAAUUAUUACGAGAUAGUUAAACAUCCUACAGAUCUGUCUAAGAUUCGUGAGAACUUAAUUAAUGAUAAAUACUCAAACGUUCAGUCUUGGAUCAAUGAAAUGCGAUAUAUUUGGUCAAAUGCAGAAAAAGUUAACCAAAAGGGUGGAGUCGUUCUGCUCCUUGCUGCCGAACUCAAAAAGAACUUUAAAAAAGAAUUAAAAUACGUAAAAUGCUAUAAACUACGAAAAUGGACAAAAUUAGCUGCCUCAUUAAAGGAUAAACUCGACGAUUUACUGGAUCAGCCCCCUGACCAACUUUCUGCCUACGCCGUCAUUACAGAACAAGUUUCAGAUUCCGAACCAAAUGAUUUUGACGAUAUUGAUCUCUGUAACUUAAUAUCAGCUACAACAUUCCUUACGGCAAACCAGGAUGCAAAGCGAAUAUCAGCAAUCAUUAAACGCCACAAUCCUGAGGCUGCCCCCACAAAUAACAACUACAGCGUUGAUAUUCAUGCAUUAUCUUCAUCAGCGCUAACAGAACUCAAAGAAUAUGCUGAAAAACGCCUUGGUGAAAUGAAGAUUCCUUAUCCUCAUGACGCAAUUAAGUAUGAUUGA